CUAAAGUCGAACCCCAGUUAAGUCAGACAGGCACCUUAUCGCAAGGCAAAGCUUUUGACAGACAAUAUGGGAAUUCAAGGCCUGUUGCAGUUCAUCAAAGAUGCUUCAGAGCCCAUGAAUGUGAAGAAGUAUCGGGGGCAGACAGUAGCUGUGGACACAUACUGCUGGCUCCAUAAGGGGGCUUUCUCAUGUGCUGAGAAACUUGCAAAAGGGGAACCUACAGAUCAGUAUGUGUCCUACUGUAUGAAGUUUGUAGAAAUGCUUCUUUCUUUUGGCGUUAAACCCAUCUUGGUGUUUGAUGGACGUAACUUGCCUUCCAAAAAGGAAGUAGAGAAAACCAGACGAGAGCGUCGACAGGCAAAUCUGCAGAAAGGCAAACAGCUGCUGCGGGAAGGAAAGCUAUCAGAGGCCAGAGACUGUUUUACCCGCUGUGUUAACAUCACCCCAUCCAUGGCACAUGAUGUCAUCAAGGCUGCCAGGACGCGUGGAGUGGACUGUGUUGUUGCUCCAUAUGAAGCUGAUGCCCAGUUAGCCUUCCUAAACAAAUCUGGCAUCGCUCAGGCAGUGAUUACAGAGGACUCUGAUCUACUGGCAUUUGGCUGCAAAAAGGUGAUUUUAAAGAUGGAUAAGCAAGGUAACGGUCUUGAGAUUGACCAGUGUCACCUCGGCCGCUGCAAAUCACUCGGCAACAUAUUCACAGAGGAGAAGUUUCGUUACAUGUGCAUCCUCUCUGGCUGCGACUACCUGCCCUCCCUGUAUGGCAUCGGUCUGGGAAAGGCAUGCAAGCUGCUCAGGAUAGCCAAUAAUCCAGAUAUUCUGAAGGUGAUAAAGAAAAUGGGUCAGUACUUGAAGAUGGACAUCAGUGUGCCUGAUGAAUACAUUGAGGGUUUCACCAAAGCCAACAACACAUUUCUGUACCAGCUCGUCUUUGACCCCUUGAGGAGGAAGGUGGUUCCGUUGAACCCUUACCCAGAUCAAAUCGACCCCGCCUCCCUUAGCUAUGCUGGAACUAAUGUGGGAGAUGAGAAAGGACUAGAAAUGGCUCUUGGAAAUCUGGACAUUAACACAAUGCAAAGGAUUGAUAACUUUAACCCUGAUGCACCCCUUGCUCGGCCCACUAAACCUGCUCGCAGUACUGGUUGGAACAACAGAAAUGACAACUGUGACACGUUACAGAAGAGUAUUUGGAGCAAGAACUAUGAACCUGGCAGCACCCAUCCACAGAGUCCCACCAGCCCCAAAAGACCCCCACCUACUCGGGGCAAAGAGAGGAUUGUUAGUGUACAGAGUCUGAAACUGCCAAAGAGAGAUUCACAGGUGAAAAGACCCCGUGAAGACUCCGGUCUCUCUGUGGAUGACCUGUUAGGGCAGUACUCAGCCAGCGUGAAGAGGCAUCGUCCUGAAACUCCACCCACCGCUGACUCAUCUGUCUCUAAGGAAAAGGAACGUGUCAAAACAACUGGACUGCCCGUGCCUCGAAACCGCUUUGCAACACUGUUGCAGUGGAGGAACCAAUCAGAGGAGGGCACUGAAGGACAAGUCACACGCAGCAGGUUUUUCUGCCAUGGUGAAUCAAAUGUCACAGAGACACAGGAAGCUUCUUCAAAACAACAUGCACCUCAGCCUAUAGAGUCUCCAGAAAUGUGCCUCUCACAAUCUGGUGACGGACAGUCCUUGUGUGAGGAGUCAGACACUGAAGAACAACAGGCCAACGAUGAUCAAAUCAAAGAUGAAUCAUCCAGCCCCCCUGUGUCACCCUCUCAUCCUGCCAGACCGGGUCAGGCGGUCUUUAGAUGGUCAGGAAGCACCAGAGAACCGAAUAAAAUUACCACAGAUAGACCCGAGUCAUCACCCACACCUUCAGGUUUAUCUGCCCUACAGCAAUUCCACAGACAAAAGGGGAGUUUCUCCUGGAAAGGAUCUGGGAAGCUUUCUCUCUCAUCUUCUCCUGUAGAGGGCACUGGAGAUUCUGAGAAGUCCCCUGAUUCUCCUCCGUCUCAGGACAGUGCAUAUUUUUCUCAGUCCAGCAAUGCCCCGUCUGGUGUGGAGGAUUCGCUAACCAGCUGCCUAGACAUCACAGAUAGGGAAAAGGAGAGAGAUUCCGAUUGCUCCAACAGCCCAAGCAGUUCCCCCACAGAGAAGUCAAAACCUCCUGUGAACAAAACAAAGGUUUCAGGGUUGUCCCGAAAACAGCCUUGUGGGCAGGGUAAAGGCGGUAAAAUUGAGACAUCUGCCCCCGCUAGGCCCAGCGGUCUGAGAAAGAAACCAAGUGGAAAGAAAAAUACUGCCAACAAUGAGAACAGUCCUGGCCUGCAAGCCACUAUCAGUGGUCUUUGGGGUGCAUUCAGUUUCAAAAAGGACAAUCCAAAAAUAAGCGGAUCCAAAAAAGGAGAGCCGAUGUCACCAGUCAGAGAGAAUGUGAUGAUGGAACCAGCUGAAUCAGAUAAAAAGAUUAUCAUCCUCGCAGAAUGAUGUCAUACUUUUAACCUGUUGAUACUCUGUUAAGAGUUACCAAAUCUUAAAAAUUCUCUUAAACAUACUGUGUAUGUUCAUG